CAAAGGUCAAGAUUCACAUUACACACUGGAGCAUGGUUGAUGAGGAAAUAAAGGAAAGAUUAUGGGUUUGUAUCAAGAAAUUAUUCUUGUGUGAUGACAACAAGAAAGAAUUUGUGCUGAGGGAUUGCAACAAAAGGUGGAAGGAUUUCAAGACCAGAUUGACGAGCGCGUAUUUCAAUAAAUGCACAAAAAAUGAAGUGGACAACCCACCAUGGAAGGAAUAUGCAGGCAUUGAUGAGGAAGAUUGGAAAGUCUUUAAAGAGCAACGUGAAUCAGAUGAAUUCAAGGUUACCAGUGAAAGAAAUCGAGCUAACCAAGCCAAGAAUUUGUAUCCCCAUCACUUGGGUCGCGGUGGAUAUGGAAAACUAGAAGAACGGUUUGUCCAAGAGCAACUGAAAAAGGCCAUGUUGUCUGGUGCAUCUUCUUCAAAGGGUGUUGAAUCAGAAUGAGCUAAGGGAAAAGGAAAAAUCAGGGGAGUUUGUUUCUCAUGGAAGCCAUGACAUUUUAACUGAAGCGCUUGGAAAUCCUGAGCAUGGAGGCCAUGUAAGGGGAGUGGGCGGAAAAGCAACGCUUACAUCAGUUUUUAAAAGAAAGAGGCGUUGUAAUCAAACAGAGGGUAUGCUUACAAUUAAACAAGUGGAAGAAAUUACAAAUUUCCU